AUCAUAAUCAUAUUGCUAAGCGAGUCCUCGAACUUUCUUCAUCUCUCUACACUUCUCCUAAACGCUUCCGUUUGCCUAUUCAUUUGACAAAAUGCAUAGAAUUUUCAGGAAGCGAGUCACCUCUCUGUCUCCCUAUAAAUAUAAACCAGACUCGUGCUGCUAUUUUCGCUGUAAAGCAAGAACACAAUUCCCCAAGUGCUAGAGAUCACUGUCAUACCAUAUCUUGUCCAACACUUCUUCCAAACACUACAACAGAGGAUAUAUAUCAAGUAACAAAUGAAGCAACAAGUACUCAACUUGUUGCCAUUUAUCCUAUUUUUUCUUGCUGCUUUCCCAUUCAAAGCAAACGGGUCUCUCCUACCAUUUAUAGAUCGUCCUGGAAGUCUUUUGGCUGAUCUCUGGUCCGAUCCUUUCCCAGACCCAUUUCGCGUGCUGGAGCAUAUCCCAUUUGGGUUUGACAGAGAUGAGACUUCAUCCGUUGCUCUGUCUCCAGCCAGAGUAGACUGGAAGGAGACACCAGAGAGACAUGUGAUAAUGCUGGACGUGCCAGGGUUGAGGAAAGAUGAGAUAAAGAUAGAAGUGGAGGAGAACAGGGUGUUGCGUGUGAGUGGAGAGAGGAAGAAGGAGGAAGAGAAGAAAGGGGAUCACUGGCACAGAGUGGAGAGGUCAUUUGGCAAAUUCUGGAGGCAGUUCAAGUUGCCAGACAAUGUGGAUUUGGAUUCUGUGAAGGCUCGGCUGGAGAACGGAGUGCUUACUUUGACAUUGGAAAAGUUAUCACCUGAUAGGAUUAAAGGUCCUAGGACUGUAAGCAUUGCAGCAGAGAAUGAGCAGCCUGCCAAGCUUGAGAGCAGUGAGGCCAAGCAGGAGCUUUGAGUCAUGAGGGAUAUAGAGAAAGGCCUUUGAAUCUUGUGUCAAUAAAAGGGUUUCAGCUGGACCAAGACUUUCUGUUUCUUUACUUUGUCUUCUUAUUUUCUCUUUCCUUUCAACGUAUGUGUUACUUUGUGAUCUUUGCUGAUGAUGAGAAUAUGCAGCGUUGUACUGGCUUUGCUGUAAUCUUCUAAUGAAUGUAAAGGAAUUUUCCUAAUAUGUAUAUUAUGUCUUCCAGUCA